AUGGUUCAUCUAGGACAAGUCACGAACGAUUCCGAGGUCCAGAAGGACAAGGACGCUUCCAAUGGCAUUGACAUGUCCAAGCUGGGUCCCGAGGGUAGCCAGCCCGAUGACUUUGAGACCAGCAUCUAUGGUAGUCGGUUCGCAGCAGAGGACCUGCCUAGACACGAAAUGCCCGACAAGGAGAUGCCCGCAGCCACCGCCUACAGAAUGAUCAAGGACGACCUGACCCUGGACGGCAACCCUACACUCAACCUUGCCUCGUUCGUCACCACUUACAUGGAGCCUGAGGUCGAGAAGCUCAUGAUGGAUGCCUUUGCCAAAAACUUCAUCGACUACGAAGAGUACCCUGUAACCGCUGACAUUCAAAAUCGUUGUGUUAACAUGAUCGCCCGCCUGUUCAACAUUCCUACCCACGACGAUGAAACCAAUGCCAUGGGCACUUCGACUGUCGGUUCCUCCGAGGCCAUCAUGCUCGCCACAUUGGCAAUGAAGAAGACUUGGGUCAACAAGAGAAAGGCAGAGGGCAAGGACUACUCUCGUCCCAACAUCAUCAUGAACUCGGCUGUCCAGGUCUGCUGGGAGAAGGCCGCUCGUUACUUCGAUGUCGAGGAGAAGUAUGUCUAUUGCACGAAGGACCGCUACGUUAUCGACCCUAAGGAGGCUGUUGACCUCAUUGACGAGAACACCAUCGGUAUCUGCUCCAUUCUCGGUACCACUUACACUGGCGAGUACGAGGAUACCAAGGCCAUCAACGACCUUCUGGUCGAGCGCAACCUUGACAUUCCCAUCCAUGUCGAUGCCGCAUCCGGAGGCUUUGUUGCGCCUUUCGUCAACCCCGACCUUGUUUGGGACUUCCGUCUCGAAAAGGUUGUCUCCAUCAACGUCUCUGGUCACAAGUACGGUCUUGUCUACCCUGGUGUUGGUUGGUGCAUCUGGCGUGACCCCAAGUACCUGCCUACCGAGCUCAUCUUCAACAUCAACUACCUUGGUGCUGAUCAGGCUUCUCUCACUCUCAACUUCUCUCGUGGUGCUUCCCAAGUCCUGGGCCAGUACUACCAGCUGAUUCGUUUGGGCAAGCACGGUUACCGCGCCAUCAUGUUCAACUUGACCAAAACUGCAGACUAUCUGGCUGCCUCUGUCCAGAAGAUGGGCUUCCAGCUCAUGUCUCAAACUCGUGGCAAUGGUCUUCCUCUGGUUGCUUUCCGUCUCAACCCCGAUGACGGCCACAAGUUUGACGAGUUCGCUAUCGCACAUCAGCUCAGACAGCGUGGCUGGGUCGUGCCUGCAUACACCAUGGCUCCCCACUCCGAAGGCUUGAAGAUGAUGCGUGUCGUCGUUCGUGAGGACUUCUCGAGAUCGCGCUGCGACGCAUUGAUCAGUGAUAUCAAAUUGGCCAUGGAGACCCUGGGUAAGAUGGAUGAGCAAAAAAUUCAGGAGCACAAGGAACAGAUCAAGAAGCACGGCACUGCCACUGGUCGUCAUAAGAAGAUGAACCAACACUUCACUGAUGAGAAGCACUCGCUGCAAGGCAAGACUGGCAAGACUCAUGCUGUCUGCUAG